AGUGACACUUGUUGGAGAUACAUGUGUUACUGUUGAGUUCUUACAGACUUACCGCCGUCACAUGAAGAAGACACUUCUGGUGACAUUUCCUACCUGGAUAUGUGUUACUACUACAGUUUGAGCUUAUUACAUGUACGGGGAUCCAGAUGAGCUGACAUCUGGGACAAGUCACACAUCACCAGGCAGCGUGGUACCACUGACAGCUGUAGUCAGCAGCAUCAGGUUGAAUAAAGUCGUUGGUCAAAGGAAGGACAAACCAAAUAAGGAUUGACCGAGCAGUCUGAGAUCACCUGACUGAGCUAUUCAAAAGCUGUGUGUGCCAAUAAUCGACGGAACCAACAGACAUGGGGAAGCAGAACAGCAAGCUCCGCCCUGAGGUGAUGCAGGACCUCCUGGAGAGCACCGACUUCACAGAGCAUGAGAUCCAGGAGUGGUACAAGGGCUUCCUGAGGGACUGCCCGAGUGGGAACCUCUCCAUGGAGGAGUUCAAGAAGAUCUACGGUAACUUCUUCCCGUACGGAGACGCUUCCAAGUUCGCGGAGCACGUCUUUCGCACAUUUGACGCCAACGGAGAUGGGACAAUAGACUUUCGGGAGUUUAUCAUCGCGCUCAGUGUGACGUCACGUGGCAAGCUGGAGCAGAAGCUGAAAUGGGCCUUCAGUAUGUACGACUUGGAUGGAAAUGGGUACAUCAGUAAAUCUGAGAUGCUUGAGAUUGUUCAGGCGAUCUAUAAGAUGGUGUCCUCUGUGAUGAAGAUGCCUGAGGACGAGUCGACACCUGAGAAGAGAACAGAGAAGAUCUUCAGGCAGAUGGACACCAACAGGGACGGCAAGCUGUCCCUGGAGGAGUUCAUCAAAGGAGCAAAGAGCGACCCCUCCAUCGUCCGCCUGUUGCAGUGUGACCCCAGCAGUGCUGGACAGUUCUAAACCCGAGGCAUCAGCUCAACCUUGCUUCUGUGGGUGACUCUAAAAGCCCUUAACUCUCCACUAAGGAGCACACUGUUGAUGAAGAAUGACAAGCUGAUGAAGAUGAAAGGCCUUCAAUAUGCACUGAGGACUUCAAAGAUGAGUAAAGGAGCCACAUGUUCCAGUUAACACACCUGAGCUAUUUAUCUAAAACCCCUUCCCGAAGACCAACAAAGACUAAACCUGACCCCUGACCUUCCUGAACCCUCAAACGGUUUUUCAAAAAUCUGCAGAUCGUAGUCGACCACGGUCCCUCAGUUCUCCUCUAGGCCUGUCAGAAGACAAUGAAUGACAACAGUAGGUUGUAUAUACAGUAUAAACUGGAGUCUCUGUAUCAGUGUCUUUGCGUGGCUCUCUGUGCCAUUCAGGGCUCCAGCCGGGGGCCACACAGACCCUCUGUCACUCGUAUGUGUGUCAUAGACAGAGUGUGUGCAUGAGACAACAAGAGAGAGAGAGAUGAUGGUAUUAAAUAACGGCUCUUACUGCAGAGAGGACUUGUGAAGUUUGUCCUUUAGUCAGAGCAAGUACUGCUUUUAGUUUCCUUCUUUUUUUUUUUUCUACUGUGAGAAUAUUCCUGUGUUUGUGUAUUUUGCAACCUUGAUAGACAUUGUUUCUUAUUUUGUGCUGAGGAAAAAAAAUUUACAUAAAAAUGUAAUACUAUGCUUCUAUGCAUAUAUGCGCCCCCAACAUGUCAUUUGAUUUUGUGAAAUAUCUCUGACGUCAUGAAGGAUGAAACACAAAUCACAAAUCAGUAAGAGUUUGACAGAGAGUCUCAGAGUGGCAGUGUGUUACUGCGCUCCAGCUGAGGAAGGGUAGAAAACGAGUCUGUAAAGUCUUUGAGUACAAUGUAGAUAUAUUAAAGUGCACCUGAAUUUGUAAAGCAAAAGUCCAGAUAACUCAGUCCAUUACAAAUGUUAAGUAAUUAACAGAACGUUUGUUUAUUGCUUUUGCAGAAUGUCAAGCAUGUAAACCAUUUCCAGAGACACACUUCUUCAAACUUCACUUUUUCGAUGUUUUUUAAAUGCCGCAUGUUGAUUCAGUGGUGAGCAGUUGGCUGCGGAGGUGAGCAGAAUGAACAACGCGUGUAUGCAUGUGACUUAUUCGCAUGUUAUGUAUUUUUUAUUAUGGAUAUCAGUAGCUAAUCGGCCAGUCAAAAAUCCGGCUCUGUGCCUGCUUCUGUAUGUUUGUGUUUUUCAUCGUUAGUGCUGCCAGUUGUCAGUGUUACUGCAGCGUAUGGACUGCCAAAGCCGAUCAAAACUCGGGGGUUCAUCUGAGAAGAGGAGCGCGUAACGACCUCUACACACAGAGACACACUGUUUUAAAGGAGACCAUGUUUAAAUCAAGUGUAUACACACGUCAGUUGUAUCUGACUGUAACAGAGCCAAAUGUACUCAGAGAUGAUUCAAUCCUUUAGACAAGAUGCUGAGUGCACUUCGUAAAGCAUGAACACAGUUUACAGUAUUACUCAAACAACAUGCUAAUGACACAUACCAGUGUAAGUGCCGGUAUCUAAAUAUAAUGAAUCAAAUAACUCUAAAAGGAUGUGAUUGACACUUUUUUUGGACUCACCUCCCCUCCCUCUUUUUAAUAUUCACUUGAAAAGCAAAGAAGUGAGAGAAGAGACAAAGUUCCAGCAGCACUGGUAUGAGCCUCACCUGAAUGUACCUGAGCCCUCCACAGGGUAGAGCAAAGCUGUUUCAGUGAUUGCAUUGUUUUCCUACUAUAAAAGUUUUGAAUGUUUUUUUUUUUUUUGUUUUUUUUUAAAUAACUGCUGUUUAUUUUUUUUGUGAAGAAGAAAAAAGAAAAAAGAUGCAGAUGAACAAACCCAGAACAACUACUGCAGUGAUACUGUCACAUUGUGUUGCUUUUAAUGUCUUUUUAAUGACUUUAGUCUUUUUUUUAAGGCUCCUUCAGGUGUAACAUUUCUGUUUAAACACAAAAUAGCAUCUUGUGGUCAAGUGCCAAAUUAAACAAAGACAGUAUUGUAUACAUUUAUACUGUACAAUUGUUAUCUGUUGGACAAAAUGUUUGUUAUUGUUGCAUUUUGUAGGUUUUGUAUGGUAUCCUGUAUUUAGUGACGGCAGUUUUGGAACACAGAAUUCUGUUUUUUGGUCCAUUUUAAAAGGCAAGAAUUAAAUUUACAAUUUAUUGUGUGCAAACAUC